GUUAAGUGCAUAGUUAAGGGACUAUUUUGAACAAUUAAGCGUAAAUCCUUUUCUCCAUCUUACAACAUCUUCGCCUUGUCUUUUUCUAAACCUUUCAAAAUAAAAAAAAUAAAAACAAAAAAAAUCCGUCGUCUGCUUAAAACUGCAAGUCGUCACUCUAACACCUUCCGCCGCCGCCGCAAUGGUAACCAGUAGCAGGAAACUUCGAGCAUUCAAAAAAUGGAUGAAAACACAAGGUAUAGACUGCAGCAACGCACUAGACCUGGUAAUAACAACGAACUCGGCAUCGGUAUCUGUAAUCGCAUUGUGCGAUCUAAAUGAAGGUGAUUUAGUGGCGAGUAUACCCAAGGAGAGCUGCUUAACGGUAAAGACAUCAGGUGCAAGGGAAAUGAUUGAGCAAGCGGAGCUUGAAGGGAUAUUAGGUUUAGCUGUUGCUGUCAUGUAUGAGCGAAGUCUCGGUCCGCUAUCUCCUUGGUUUGGUUAUCUACAGUUGCUUCCUUAUUCUGAACCGAUUCCCUUGUUGUGGUCUGUGUCUGAAAUAGACUCUCUUCUCGUUGGAACUGAGCUUCACAAGAUAGUUAAAGAUGACAAGGCACUCAUCUACGAGGACUGGAAAGAGUGUAUUGAGCCUCUCUUCACUUCGGCUUCUUUACAGCUUAAAGCAGAACAUUUUGGUGUUAAGGAUUAUCUUGCUGCAAAAAGUCUAGUUGCCUCAAGGUCUUUCCAAGUAGAUGAUUACUAUGGAUGUGGUAUGGUUCCCUUGGCGGAUCUGUUUAAUCACAAGACUGGUGCUGAGGAUGUACACUUCACAUCUUCUUAUUCUGAAUCGGAUGAUGAUGCUGACAAUGAAAAAUAUGGAAAUGAUAACUCUGGACCAACCAAGAGAAGCUCUCAUUCAGGAGGUGAAGGCUUCAGUGGGAGUGACUUGGAGUCUUCUCAUUCUGAAUUGGAUGAUGAUGCUCACAACGACAAGCAUGAAAAUGACAACAAUGAAACAACCAUAGCUUAUUCAAGGGGUGAAUCUAUUAGCGGUAGUUACUCGGAGUCUUCUUCAGUUUCUGGGGAUGAUCUUACAGUUGUAGAAAUGAUCAUGGUGAAAAAGGUCAAAGCCGGGGCUGAGGUAUUCAAUACGUAUGGCUCUUUGGGUAAUGCUGCUCUGCUACACAGGUAUGGAUUUGGAGAGCCUGAUAACCAGUAUGACAUUGUGAACCUUGAUCUGGAGCUUGUACUUCAGUGGAGUUCAUCUCGGUUUUCACAUCGCUACAGUAGGAGGAGGUUAUCACUAUGGAGAGAAUUAGAUUGUUCUGGGUGCGUUAGCCAAAAUUCCGAAUAUUUUGAGAUUUCAUUUGAUGGGGAGCCACAAAUUGAGCUGUUGGUUUUGCUUUACAUAAUAUUAUUGCCAGAGGAAGUAUAUGCUGAACUCGAUCUUGCAGUAUCUAUCACCGAUGGUUUUGAAAAGUCUAAGGGCUUCAAAUUGUCGAAGAAAGAUAUUAUUUUAUUUGGAAAAGGUUUUGAGUCUAACAACAGUAUGUUGCUGACAGAUGGAGUUUGUGCAGCUCUGUUGGCACUAGCGGAUAUUCGGGGAAGUUUAUAUGGUUCAAACUGUGUAGAAGAUGAUAUCAAAACUUUGAAUUGUUGCUGUCUGGUGAAAGAACCUAAGAUAUAUUAUUCAUUGGUGUUGCGCAUCAGUGAGAGAAUGAUCCUUGAGAAGUUAAGGUGUUAUGCCACUGCUAGUGCUAAAAUGCGGACAAAAGGAGGUAAAACUAGAAGAAGAGCAAAGAUUCAAUGAUUUGUGUCAACUAUCCAAGGCGGCUAUCGCGAUUACUGCUAGAGUUGUUCCUCGAAUGAAAGGACUCCACUGUGGUUCAGAGAAGGAGAGCAAAGUCUGACGCAUCCCUGUUCUACCACCAGGUUAGCAUGCAGAGUAGCUGUAUUUGCUUUUGGAAUUGGCAUGAGCUGGUGAUGAAAUUCCAAUGACAAUAGCUGUUACUUUAUUAAUUUUUUCGAGUAUUCUGUUCACAUUCUCUCGUAUUUUGAGAAAUCUGUUAUUACCGAUAUUCAGAAUUUAUCCCAGUUGUUUUAGUUGGCACGGUUUGCUUGCUAAAUAGGUAGGUAUCUGGUGCUUUCUUAUU